CAAAUUUUAAAAAAAAUGCCACCUUCAAUGAAUGAUCUAAAAUCAUUUAUGUUUUUCGAAGAAAAUAGCACAAAUCCAGAACUUGUAACAUCAUUUAUACCAAUAAAUCCAAAUGAUUUUCCAAAUGAUGAUGAUGAUGAUGAUAAAAAACAUGAUAAUCAUAAUAAUGAUACUAAUGGUGGAUUUGAUAUUAGAAUUUUAAUAGCUAUUAUUAUGGGUGCUGCAUUAUUACUUAUUAUCGGUAUUGUUUGGAAAACACAUUCAAAAAAACCUAAACCAGGAGCAGCAGCUGGAGCAGCAAAAACAGCCGUAGAUGGUAAAGGACAAACAGCCGGAACUGGACCAGGAGCAUUAGAUCAACAAUCUGGUAAAUUAAUGUCCAAAACUGAAGCAUCAGUAUCAGUAUCAACAACACCAACAUCAACAACAUCAAUAACACCUAAUUCAGGAUCAACACUUACGGGUGGUAAAAGUACUUGUCCUGCUCCUGGUUCUAAUGGUCCUCCUUCUCAAUCACAACCACCACCACCAUCACAACAACAACCACCAACAGUAUCAGUAGUAGCAGGAUCAAAAAUUUCAGCACCACCAGGAUCAGCAACAGCAGCAUCAGGAGGAACAAUAUCUGUUACACCUAAACAAGAAGGAUUUACUACAUCCGUUGGUGAAGGUAUUACUGUUACAGUGAAACAGAUUUCGUAACUAAAUUAUUCAUUAUAAUAGUGUGUGUGUGUGUUGGGGUUAAGGUGUGAAUCUUUUUUUCCCCCUCCCCCUUCAAUCUCAACCUGCUGACACACCUGUUUUUUUUUUUUUGAUGCAACUAAUCAUCA